UGAGCAUAUAUAACUUGAACUUUGCCAAAGGGAAAAUUAAAGUAUAUUUUUUCUAUCCACAUCAAGAAAACAUUCCUUUCACUUCAUUUUCAUCCAUCACAAGCAAUCCCAUCAUUCUUGACAACGUAACAUAAAUAUAUAAAUCUCUUGCAAAAAAACAACAACUACACACACACAGCACUAAAUAAUAAUUAAAUAUCAAUGGCUUUUGCCAAUUUCUUCCUAAUUAUUUCCAUCCUACUAUUCUCAUCCUCUCACUUUUUCCACAUCUCCCAUAGCAUGGAUCAAAACCAAACCCUUCAAUCCAUGAUGCUACGAGCAUGCGAGAAAAUCGACAAUCAAGACUCGUGCCUCUCAAACAUGCAAUCGCGAAUCGAAGGCCACGACGUUCACACACCUCAAACGGUACUCAAAGCGGCCCUCCAAAACACGAUCAAAGAGGCAAUGUUAGCCAUCGACACCAUCUCAACAUUCAACACCUUAUCCAUAAGCUACCGAGAGCAAAUAGCCAUCGAAGACUGCAAAGAGCUCCUCGAUUUCUCAGUGUCCGAACUAACAUGGUCCUUGUCCGAAAUGAACAAGAUUCGUGCCGGUUCGAAGAACCCACGCUCGGACGGAAACCUCAAGGCUUGGCUUAGCGCUGCCCUAAGCAACCAAGAUACUUGCCUUGAAGGGUUUGAGGGCACCGACCGACGCCUCGAGCGGUUUGUAAGGGGGAGUGUAUCACAAGUAACUCAACUCAUCGGCAAUGUGCUAACGUUGUAUGUACAAAUGCACAGGCUUCCUUUCAGACCGCCAAGAAGCUACACUAAUGCCACAUCAACUAAUUAUGAUGAUGAUAAUAAUGGUGAUGAAAAUGGAGAUGGCAGAGAUUUCCCGACAUGGAUGACGGAUGGAGAUAAGGAGCUUCUUGUUUCGGAAAGAUCGAAUAAUAAUAAUGGAAUGCAUGUUGAUUCGGUGGUGGCGUUGGAUGGAAGUGGGAGAUAUCGUUCGAUAGGGCAAGCGAUAUUUGAGGCUCCGAGUUAUAGUAAAAGAAGGUAUGUGAUAUAUGUGAAGAAGGGUGUUUACCAAGAGAAUAUAGAUAUGAAGAAGAAGAAGAGUAAUAUCAUGCUUGUGGGUGAUGGAAUUGGGAAGACUAUUAUUACUGGUAAUCGGAAUUUCAUGCAAGGAUGGACUACGUUUCGAACAGCUACGCUUGCCGUAUCGGGGAAGGGAUUCAUCGCAAGGGACAUGACAUUCCGCAACACAGCGGGCCCCGAAAAGCACCAAGGAGUGGCCAUCCGCGUCGACUCGGACCAAUCGGCGUUCUACCGCUGCAGCUUCGAAGGGCACCAAGACACACUCUACGCACACUCGCUCCGUCAAUUCUACCGCGAAUGCACCAUCUCCGGCACAAUCGACUUCAUCUUCGGAAACGGAGCAGCCGUACUCCAAAACUGCAAAAUAUUCACAAGGGACCCACUGCCCCUCCAAAAGGUGACCAUCACAGCACAGGGGAGAAAGGACCCACAUCAGAGCACCGGGUUCACUAUCCAGGACAGCUACGUGUACGCCACGCGCCCCACGUAUUUAGGGCGGCCGUGGAAGCAGUAUUCGAGGACCGUAUACAUGAAUACUUACAUGAGCUCGAUGGUGCAGCCCAGAGGCUGGCUCGAGUGGUAUGGUGAUUUUGCAUUGGGCACUCUUUGGUACGGUGAGUAUAGGAAUUACGGACCCGGGUCGUCCACUUCGGGUCGGGUUCAGUGGCCGGGUUAUCAUAUUAUUGGCGAUGCUUCCACUGCUGGGUUUUUCACUGUUGGCCGGUUUCUUGAUGGGGUUUCUUGGUUGCCCGCCACUGGUGUUAAGUUCACCGCCGGUCUCACUAAUUAAUUUAAUUAUUCAUUAUUAUUUGUUUAAUUAGUGCUAUUUAAUGAUGAUUGUUUAUUGGUAAUUAAUCAUAUUUAUCUUUGGAUUUAUGGUAAAACAGAGCUUCCAACUUUU